GUGACAUUAACGGUGGCAUGGUGCAAAAUAUGGUAAUCACAAGGGCAUUGUCUCAUAGCCCGAUGUGAAUGAACCUGUGAUCCAACGACUCUAACCGAGCGCUUGCGGUUCGCAUAAAUGCCUAUCGCUGGAUCAGCCCCACCACUCCACUAAAUUUUACUGCCAUUCAACGAGGCUCGACGCUGUCGCAAACAAAAAACGGCAGCAGCCUCGCGACCCGCAAGCGACAGGCGACGACGGCCACCAGCAAAACCCGGCAGGCACCACUCAUCGUCCCACGCACGUCUCCUCGAAAUUUUUCUCCAGCCGCGAUGGCCGACUCGUCCAAAGGCCUCAAGCGAUCAAGCGCAGAGACCGAAGGCAGCCAAGAUUCGAAAAGAGUCAAGACAGACGGCGGCAGCAACGGCAAGAUGGGCGGCGACAAGUACAACCCUUACCUCGCGCACCUCGACGAGGGCGCCCAUAAUGGCUUCAAGUCACCGCUAGACGAGCUAGAGCGACACAAAACAACGGCAUUGCAGGCCGUCAAGGCAGAGGAUUCCGACACCAACCCGUGGACGGGUCGUCCUCAUUCGCAACAGUACUUCAAAAUCCUCAAGACGCGGCGUGAUUUGCCCGUGCAUAAGCAGCGGCAGGAGUUCCUCGAUCAAUAUCACCAGAAUCAGAUCCUCGUCUUCGUCGGUGAGACGGGUUCCGGCAAAACGACCCAGAUCCCGCAGUACGUCCUCUAUGACGAGCUGCCACACCUGACCGGCAAGCUCAUUGCUUGCACGCAGCCCAGGAGAGUGGCGGCCAUGUCGGUUGCCCAGCGUGUCGCGAACGAGCUCGACGUCGAACUGGGCGAGGAGGUCGGUUACAGCAUCCGGUUCGAGAACAAGACAAGCUCCAAGACGCUUCUUAAGUACAUGACGGAUGGUCAGCUCCUGCGCGAGGCGAUGCACGACCACGACAUGACUCGGUACGGCUGUAUCAUUCUCGAUGAAGCCCACGAGCGCACCCUAGCCACCGACAUUCUUAUGGCCCUGCUUAAGGAGAUCUCCACGCGGAGGAAAGACCUGAAGAUCAUCGUUAUGUCUGCUACUCUCGACGCCCAAAAGUUCCAGAGCUACUUCUUCAACGCGCCGCUGCUCGCGGUGCCCGGCCGGACGCACCCGGUCGAGAUCUUCUAUACCCCCGAGCCGGAGCGAGACUACGUUGAAGCCGCGGUCAGAACAGUAUUGCAGAUCCAUGCAAGCGAGCCUGAGGGUGAUAUCUUGCUCUUCCUGACGGGCGAGGAAGAGAUUGAGGAUGCAUGUCGUCGGAUCAGCCUCGAGGUCGACGAGAUGAUUCGGGAAUCCGAUGCUGGGCCCAUGUCGGUCUACCCCCUCUACGGUACUCUGCCUCCCCAUCAGCAACAGCGUAUUUUCGACAAAGCCCCGGAGCCAUUCCGCAAGGGAGGCCGACCCGGCCGGAAAUGCAUCGUCGCGACGAACAUUGCCGAGACCAGUUUGACGAUCGACGGUAUUGUCUACGUCGUGGAUCCCGGCUUCAGCAAGCAAAAAAUCUACAACCCUCGCACCAGGGUAGAGUCGCUGCUUGUGUCUCCCAUCUCCAAAGCGUCUGCCCAACAGCGUGCCGGUCGUGCCGGUCGUACGCGGCCCGGCAAAUGCUUCCGGCUGUACACGGAAAAGGCCUUCAAGAAAGAACUCAUCGAGCAGACCUACCCAGAAAUCUUGAGGUCCAAUCUGUCCAACACGAUCCUGGAGCUCAAAAAACUCGGCGUCCAAGAUUUGGUGCAUUUCGAUUUUAUGGACCCUCCGGCACCCGAAACCAUGAUGCGCGCUUUGGAGGAGCUAAACUAUCUCGCUUGCCUGGACGAUGACGGCGAGCUGACGCGGCUGGGCGACCUGGCAUCCCAGUUCCCGCUCGACCCUGCGCUCGCCGUCAUGCUCAUAUCAUCACCGGAAUUCUACUGCUCUAACGAGAUCCUCUCCAUCACCUCUCUGCUGUCGGUCCCACAAAUAUGGGUGCGCCCCAAUAACGCGCGCAAGCGGGCCGACGAGAUGAAGCAACAGUUUGCCCAUCCAGAUGGCGAUCACCUGACGCUGCUGAACGCCUAUCACGCAUACAAGGGUGCCGAGCAGAACGGCGAGGACAUGAAGAAGUGGUGCCACGAGCAUUUUCUCUCUUACCGGCACCUGUCGAGCGCCGACAAUGUGCGCGCUCAGCUCAAGCGCAUCAUGGAGACGCACGAGAUUGAGCUGAUCAGCACACCGUUCCAGAACAAGGAGUAUUACACCAACAUACGGCGGGCGCUGCUGGCGGGUUUCUUCAUGCAGGUCGCCAUGCGUGAGAGUAGCAACAGCAAGGUGUACAAAACGGUCAAGGACGACCAGCUCGUCAUGAUACACCCCAGCACCGUCGUCACGAGCCCGUACGACUGGGUCGUCUACAACGAAUUUGUGCUUACCACGAAGCAGUAUGUGAGGACUGUAACGAAUAUCAGGCCAGAAUGGCUCCUGGAAAUCGCACCCAUCUACUAUGAUCUCGACACGUUUGAGAAGGGCGAAAUUAAGUCGGCGCUGACGCGUGUCACCGAAAAGGUCCGUCGGCGACAGGCCAUGAAGGGCGGUCGUUGAGGCUUUGCCCUGCCUGUUCCAACUUGCAGAAUGCGAGGUGGAAACGGACCGGCGCCAAUAGAUAUGAAGAGACUAUCUGGUGUGUUUGUUUGCCCAAAUGGCAGCCUUGUAUUUGUUUAGAAGUGUUGCUAGACUGAGGAGAACUUGCCUUGGCGCUCGGGGCCAGCUUCCAUUCUGGGCUGUGAGAUGGUGAUGUGAUGCGUGCUCCGGUACCGGGAAGUGGAAGACUGCCACUACAUCACCCGAUUUCAAACGAAACCCUUG